AUGCGCAAGAGUCACCAAUCGCCAUUGCAUGAUUUUCUUGUACCAGCCUUGGUCACACCGAGUAGGCGUUUUCUAUCAACUACAUCCAGGAACAAUGCCAACGCGGCUUCUGUCGCAGAUGCAUCUGCACCCCAGAAACCCAAGCGCAAGCCCCUAACACAGGAGCAGCGCGACUUCCUUUCUUCUGCACUUCGAGUAAACCAAGCCGGUGAGCUGGCAGCCACCCUCAUCUACACGGCCCAGACGCCACCACUUGUAAAUGCACAUCCGCAUCUGCGGCCGUUGUUGUCGCAUAUGUACGAUCAAGAAGCCGGACACCUACGGACCUUCAACGCGCUCAUAGCAAAACACCGCGUACGCCCAACAGCCCUAUACCCGGUUUGGUCCGCGGCGGCAACAGCUCUUGGUUGGGGAACGGCUGUCCUGGGGCGGGAGGCGGCCAUGGCAUGCACGGAGGCGGUGGAAACAGAGAUCGGUGACCAUUACAAUGAGCAGAUCCGAACAUUGCUGGAGAUGUUUGAGCGAUGGGAAGCUGAAGGCUAUGAAGUGGGCGACGAUUUACGCGACUUAACGAAUACCCUGAGACGCAUACGAGACGAGGAACUAGAGCACCUGGAUCAUGCAGUUGAACACGAUGCGAAGCAAGCCCGACCAUAUUGGCUUCUUACGGGAGUUAUACGGGCAGGGUGCCGUGGUGCAAUUUGGGCCAGCGAGCGAGUGUAA